UAAAAUUCGCAUUCAAAUCUUAAACUCUAAUCAUAGUGACUCACCGAAAACACAAAAUAAACUUAAUUGAAUCACUCAACUCUUUAACUCAAAAGGUGCUAUAAUUCAAAAGACGAUAUCUGUUGUUGGGAAUAGCCGCAUACCUUUGCACCAAAUUAAAGAGACCCAGACCCAGUAGCUGGUAUAUGUAUGAUUAGCCUACUAAUGCGGGCGCCCGACAUCAGAACUAAAGCCGAUAAGGAUAAGUAUAAGUUAAAUGCACAGCAAGCUGACCGUCGCUGGCUAGCAUAUCAUUCAGUCGUGGGAGAACCAUCGAUAGAGCAGCUGGUGGAUUAUUGAACAGUAUUGGACUGACAGCGACUUUGUAAAAUGAAAAUCGAAUGGGCACCACUUCGAGUUCCUUUGGAACGUCGUCUUCAGAUUGUGGUGACAGCAUUUUUUACCUCCAUGCUGUUGGUGCUCUUAUCAACAUCAUUUCUAAUAAUUGCUGGUUCUCUGAUCUAUGGAGGUCUUUUGCUGCGCAGCUUGAUGUUACUGUACUUGGGUUAUGUUUAUCUUCACCAUAAGAAAACCCAAUCUGUUGUGGAUGACAAUGGCUGGAUGAUAACUCGGACUAAUCGCUUGCAUCGGUACUAUCGCGAUUAUUUUCCAGUGGAGCUGGUAAAGACCGCCGAUUUGCCUGCCGACCGCAACUACAUCUUGGCCAGCUUUCCUCAUGGCAUUCUUGGUACUGGCAUUGGCAUUAACAUGGGCGUCGAGAUCUCCAAGUGGCUGGAGUUGUUCCCCCAAGUGCGCCCCAAACUGGGAACUUUGGACCAGCAUUUCCACGUGCCUUUCAUGCGAGAGGUCCUGCGCUGCUGGGGCUUGGUAUCGGUGUCCAAGGAGGCUCUACUUCGCAUGCUCAGUAGAUCAAAUGAUCCCAAGCACAAGGACAACAGCGAUGGCUUCACCUCCAAUGCAGUGGCCAUUCUUGUGGGUGGUGCUCAGGAGGCCAUGGACUCGCAUCCUGGUCAGUAUAUUUUGACCUUGAAGAACCGCAAGGGUUUCGUCAAAAUGGCCAUUCGUACAGGCUCAUCUAUUGUUCCCUCAAUUUCCUUUGGCGAAGUGGACAUCUUUGAUCAAGUGGCCAAUCCCCCAGACUCUCUGCUUAGGAAGUUCCAAAACGUUGUUAAGAAAAUCACUGGCGUUUCUCCGCUGAUUCCCGUGGGCCGGGGUUUCUUUAACUAUACCUUUGGAUUCUUGCCAUUCCGACGACGUAUCGUUCAAGUUGUUGGUUCACCAAUUGAUGUGGUGAAAAGCGAUCAACCUGAUUUGGAAUAUGUGGACAAAGUUCAUGGACAGGUCAUUGAGGCCAUUAAAGUAUUAUUUGAAGAGCACAAGGACAAGUACAUUCAAAACUCCAAGAAUGCCAAACUUAUUAUACAGUGAAUGUAUAUAUUUCUUGAAAUUUAAGACUAAUGUGAUCAUUUUAUUUUAGAAAAUGUCCUAUACAUCAACUGCAGAUUUGUUGUAAAAGAUUCAUUAACGGAAAGCAAUAUAUAAUACAUUUUGUAUAAAAUUUUA